AUGUCACAAAGGCACGACUACCCAGCCCUCAAGGACUACGAGAUAAUCGGCUUUCUUGGCCAGGGACAGUUCGGCGCGGUCCACAAAGUUAAAUCAAAGACUUCUGGGCAAAUUUACGCGUGCAAAAUAAUGAGGUAUGAGAACAUGUCCCGGAAGGAGAAGCAGCUGCUUCACAGCGAAAUAAACCUACAUAAAAAACUAUCGCACAAAAAUAUCGUCCAGUACUAUCGCACCAUACUGGGCGAAGAGUCGAAGGAAAUAUAUCUUUUAACGGAGUACUGCGGCAAAGGCGAUCUUCUCAAGUUUGUCAAGGAGUAUCCUCAGAAGAUCAUCCCCGAGGCUACCAUCUGGAACAUAAUGGGGCAGCUUCUGCAAGCUCUCCAGUACUGUCACUCUCCCACAAAACCAGGGUUUGACUAUGGGACCGUCAUUAUCCACCGUGAUAUUAAGCCUGCAAAUGUGCUUAUUCGUGACGAUGGCUGCAUAAAGCUAUGUGAUUUUGGAUUUUCCAAAUCUUGCGGCCUUAAUGAGGUUGCCGUCACCAUUCUUGGAUCUCCCAUGUACACGGCUCCCGAGUUGUUCAAGCGGCAGCCGUACAACGAAAAGGCAGACAUCUGGUCACUGGGAUGCGUUAUGCACCACGUCUGCACCCGUGCUGUCCCAUUUAUCGCUACUACCAAGGAAGGCCUUACGAAGCAGAUCUUGGAAGACCAGAGGACCCCGCUUCCGUCUCAGUACUCAAAGGAGCUCGUAAAGUUCCUCCAAUCCAUGAUAACGCAAGACCCAGACAAGCGACCUAGUGCUUCAGAACUUCUUCUUUGCCCAAAGUUUAAAGAAGUGGGUGUAGUAACGGCAGAAGACCAUCAGGCCGAACUGAAAGAGCCCCAAAAGGAUGUCCAAGAACUCGCCACCACAAUAGCACAGAAGAACUCCGAGAUAGAGUCUCUUCAAGCCCAAGUAACGGAGCAGGCAAGGACCAUUGAGAAACUAGAACGGCAACGCAGCAAUGUAGGGGACCUUCAAAAGGUACAGGAGGAGCUGAACGCCGCUCAGCACGAACUCAAGCUUCUUGACGACACCAAUAAAUCCCUCAGAAUGCUAUCGGACUCCAGGAUGCAACUCAUAAUUCAAUUAAGGGCGGAGAUUGACGCACUCAGGGAAAAGGACACUUCACAUACCAACAGCCUGGUGAGCAGCGCGCACGGAAUGACCGGAUUGCACAUUGCAGCAAGGGGAGGAGAUACAGACCAGGUGAAGAAGCUUCUAUCGGCUGAUGCCGGCAAAAAGACCUCCAAGGGCGAGACUGCUCUCAUGUUUGCUGCUGCCAACGGUUAUGAUGCGUGUGUGAAGCUGCUUAUUGAGGAUGAAGCAGGAAUUCAGGAUAAGUAUGGGGGCACAGCCUUGAUGCGAGCUGCGAUGAAUGGUCAUCUUGGAGCGGUGCGGCUGCUGAAGACGGUCGAAAUGGGCGUCUCUGGAUCCCGCGGGGAGACGGCCAUGAUGUAUGCUGCAUACUACGGCCAUCUAACCAUUGUCAAGGAGCUCAGCGUCAGUGAAAGUAAGAAGCAAAUGAAGGACGGAACUACGGCUCUCAUGAUGGCCAUCGCAGGGAAUUCUCAGUCCUGCGUAGACUUCCUUCUGAAAGAAGAGGGCAAAUUGUGCCGCGUCUCUGGUGAAACCCCGUUGCAGCUUGCACGGGCGAUGGGCAACCAGCAUCUAGCGGACCUUUUGGCUGUUGACGCAGAGUAG